CACUCAGGCAGGCCUGCACGUACGAUGACGUCACGACAGAGGCGUGGCCACGACAGGAUAUCCUGUACAGCCAUUUUGUUUUCCUUCAUUCCUUCAAGGGUACAGCAGAGAGAUAGAGGCAUGUUUCCUUUGGCGAGGUCCGCGCUGUCUCUGGCCGCACGUGGCGUGCAGAGAUCAGUCUCCAGGCAGACACAUCACAGAGCAGCUCCGGACUUUCAUGACAAGUAUGGAAGCAUCAUCCUAGCAUCUGGUGCAGUGUUCUGCGUUUCUAUCUGGGGAUAUGUGAUAACACAAACCGGAAUUUGCUGGAACCUGUCUCCAGUUGGCAAAGUUGUCCCAAAGGAAUGGAAGGACCAAUAGAACAUACAUGCCUUCAGUACUUUUAACAAGUGUAUGCUUUGUAUAUACCUUAUCUGCAACCUCAUUGUCCCAUUACUUGGUGAUGAUGAUCCUGCUAUAAUAAAUGUGGAACAAAAUGAAACAGUAA